AUGAAAAAAGGUGUUAACUUAUUAAAUGUUGAACAUAUUGAUUGUGCUUCUCACAAGAUUCAAAACGUGUUAAAAGCAGGGAUAAAAGCUCAAGAAUCUGUCGUGGCGGCCAUAACAAAAUGCAAAAAGGUGGCAACUCAUUUUCAUCAUUCAACUGCUGCAGAAGAUGAGCUGACCAAUACCAAAAAAGGCUUAAUUAAAAACCUCUUUAUCCAAGAAUAUGCUACUAGGUGGAACAGCACUUUUUAUAUGUUAGAGCCUAUUUUUCAAGUCAAAGAGUCAUUAGGUCUGUACGCUUCAGCAAAUAAUGAAAUUCUCCAACUGGCUUCUGAAGAGUGA